GAUUGAGCUUCACACGGACUAAAAUUUCCUCCUGUGUCCAACAUCUAAUAUUAGAAGGGGAGGAUUUGCAGACAGAAAUCUUAAAACAAACUUGACAUCAAGAUCUGACAGAGUCACUCGAUUCAUCGUGACCUGAAUAUCAUUCGCCUUUGAAACUAGAAGGAGAAAUGUUUGACAGUUCUGUGUGCUUCAAGAAAAUUUUAAACAACAUUUUGACCAGAAAAGCAUCAAGGCCCACACACCCAAGCGAGAGUGUUUCCAGUGUACUGACUGUGGAAAGAGCUUUCACCAGUUACACAGCCUGAAAAAACAUCACUCCAUUCACAGUGAGGAGAGACACUAUAGAUGUUCUGUGUGAGGACGAGGUUUCAACUGAUCAUAAGACCUGGAGAGACACAAAGGCACACGCACCAUGGAGAAACCGUGGAAAUGUGGGGACUGUGGGAAGGGAUUCAAAUCCCCAUCUGAGCUGGAGAUUCAUCGACGCAGUCACACUGGGGAGAGGCUGUUCACCUGCCUCGAAUGUGGGAAGGGAUUCAGUCAUUCAACCCACCUGCUGAGACACCAGCGAAUUCACACUGGGGAGAGGCCGUUCACCUGCUCCAAGUGUGGGAAGGGCUUCACUGAAUCAUCCAACCUGCUGAGGCAUCAGCGAGUUCACACAGGGGAGAGACCAUUCACUUGCUCCGAGUGUGGGAAAGGAUUCAGUAAUUCAUCUGACCUUAAAAAACACAAGGCAGUUCACACGGGGGAGAGACCCUUCAUCUGCUCUGAGUGUGGGAAGGGAUUCACUGUUUCAUCCACCCUGCUGACACACCAGCGGGUUCACACUGGGGAGAGGCCGUUCACCUGCUCCGAGUGUGGGAAAGGAUUCACUAUGUUAUCCCACCUGCAGAGACACCAGCGAGUUCACACCGGGGAGAGGCCAUUCACCUGCUCUGUGUGUGGGAAGGGAUUCACUCAUUUAUCCAACCUGCUGAGACACCAGCGAGUUCACAAGAGAUUGCAGGAGGAGAUUCACAGGGACGAUUACAAAACAGAAGUUGACACUCAGCCACAUAAAGAGAUAUUAGCUCAGAUGAACAGUCGCUUGGUCAAAGUGACAAACAGUGAUGAAAACAUGUUUGGUAUCUGCAAAGCAGAAAGAAUAAAUGUUUAUUUAGAGCAACCAUGUCCACAUCUAACAACUGGCUCUGAAAACUCUGCUCACAUUUUGACAGCUGUGACAAAUUCUACCCCAGCAGCGGAGACAAUCCACAACAUUUGA